AUGAUGGAUACAAAAGAAAACACCGUUCUCGAUCGAGAAGUCAGCGAAGAUGUCGGCAUCAUCGUUGCUGAUAAUAGCGACCAGCUCCGGCGCAAACUUGGUAACCGUCAGAUCCAACUCUUGACUAUUGGAGGUGCUAUCGGUACUGGACUCUUUGUCAGCAUCGGUGGCGCCCUCAAUAAAGGUGGCCCGGCGGGCUUGUUCCUGGGCUGGUUCUUCUACUGUUGCAUUGAAGGUAUAAUCAACAAUGGUAUGGCAGAGAUGACAACCUAUAUGCCCGUCAGCGGCGGAUAUCUCCGACAAGCUGGUAAAUGGGUGGACGAUGCCUUGGGUUUCAUGGCUGGCUGGAACUUCCUCGCUUAUAUUGGCCUUGGAAUUCCCUUCGAGAUUACAGCCAUCAGCUUGGUAUUAUCCUACUGGCGAGACGAUAUUCCGAUAGCAGCGGUUUGUGUUGCAUGCAUUGUGCUCUACGCUGCCAUCAAUCUGGUUGCCGUUCACGUCUAUGGAGAAGCCGAGUUCUGGCUGUCGAGCGGAAAAGUGUUCUUGAUCUUGAUCCUCUAUUCUUUCACCUUUAUUGCCAUGGUCGGUGGCAAUCCCCGUCACGACGCCUUCGGCUUUCGGUACUGGAACAAUCCUGGUGCCUUUGCGGAAUAUGCUCAUACUGGAACUCUCGGUCAAUUCGAAGGAUUCCUAUACUGCUUCUUUCUGGGCCCUCUUUUGAUCACCGGGCCAGAAUAUCUCUCCAUGGUCGCCGGGGAAACAAAGCAUCCAAGAGUUUAUCUGAAACGCGCCUUCAAAACAAUCUAUUGGCGAUUUGCUUUCAUCUUUAUCGGAGGACCAAUCUGUGUCGGCAUCUGUAUAGCAUACAACGACCCUACACUGGUCGCCAUUCUCCAGGGAGUCCGGUCAGGCAAAGGAACAGCCAACGCUUCACCAUAUGUCAUCGCCAUGCAGAAUCUAGGUGUCGAAGGCCUGCCCCACCUUGUCAACGCCCUUUUGAUUACCAGUAUCUUCUCAGCUGGUAAUACCUAUAUCUACGUUGCUUCACGAAUUUUAUACGGCCUGGCGCUGGAGGGACGAGCACCAGCGGUGUUGAAGCGAUGUACCAAGUCUGGAGUGCCAAUAUACUGCUUGGCCUUCGUCCUCGUCCUCGCCUGUCUCUCUUUACUCCAACUAUCAGCUGGGACAGCCCAAGUCUUAUCUUGGCUUGUCAAUAUCAUCACCGGCGCCGGAAUCAUCAACUGCAUGGUCAUGACAACUACUUAUCUAUGCUGGUAUCGAGCCUGCAAAAAGCAAGGGAUCGACCGCAAAACUCUCCCAUAUUUUGCAAGAUUUCAGCCAUGGUCGACAUGGAUCGCACUGGUCCUGGAGACCCUGAUCUUGAUCUUUUACGGAUACGCCACUUUUCUCCCUGGAUGGUUUAACCUCUCUGACUUCUUCUCCUAUUACACCAUGGUUGGACUUUCUCCUAUUCUCUAUUUUGGAUGGAAGUUCAUCAAGCGCACCAAGAUCGUGAAAUCAACCGAGGCUGAUCUGAUCUGGGAACGACCGCUGAUCGAUGCUUAUGAGGCUUCUAUUAUCAGCCCACCAAUUGGUUUCUGGACCGAGAUGCUGCAGCUAGUGGGUUUCCGGAGGCAUAUCAAGGACGACGAGCGAGCUUGA